AUGAACAAUGACCAACUUUGGAGAAUUCACAGAGUUGUAUUAGCACCAUUGACUAGACAAAGAUCAUACGGAAAUGUUCCUCAGCCAUAUGCCAUCUUAUAUUACUCUCAGAGAACAUCUAAUGGAGGUCUUCUCAUAGCUGAAGCCACUGGAGUUUCUGACACAACUCAAGGGUACCCAGAUACUCCUGGUAUAUGGACUAAGGAGCAAGUGGAAGCAUGGAAACCCAUUGUUGAUGCGGUUCAUAUGGUAAUUUAUAGGUUGGAGAAGAUAUAG